AUGGCGGCCUCCGUACGAAGAGUCGUAAGGACAGUAUUUCGCGUUUCCCCGUCAAUUUUAUAUCCACUGCGACAAUGUCAGGGGGUAUCAUUAAGAUUGUGCCCAGCUCUUCGGCCAUUGGCACUUCCAAGCCAGUCUUUUUGCCAAGCAGUGACUCUCCAAGAUGAUUCUGCGACUCAGGCUGCCGAGGCGCUCUCUCGCUACAAAGACAGGCCGUGGGAAUAUCUGGAAAGUGAAGAGUACAUUGAGCGCUAUGGAGCCAAUCCAGUGUGGCUAGGCUACAGGAGGAACCACAAAGGAGGCAUUCCGCCCCAGAAGACUCGCAAGACCUGCAUCAGAGGAGACAAGAUAUGUGGAAACCCAUGUCCAAUAUGUCGAGAUUCCAACAUUAUCAUUCAUCAUCAGAAUGUGAAGCUAUUGCAACAAUUUAUCAGCCCCCAUACUGGUAUGGUGUAUGACCCCACUCGAACUGGUGUGUGUAUGAAAAAGCAAAAGAAACUGAGUGAAGCAAUCAACGCAGCACGAGAUCAUGGCUUCCUUCCCUCUCAGAUUCCCCACGUGGACUUUACGGGCGAAGAUUACUCCAAUCGCCACGACGCCGUGGGUUUGACGCCGCCUGCUCCUUCUUUAGAAUCUGGCGAUAACUGGUAUCAUUGGUAUGGAGAAAUAACUCCUGAUGAAAACGAAGUGGCAAAAGUCAGGAAGACUUAUAAGGCUUAUCUGAAGCCAGGUUUAUAA